UUCAGAAGUUUUUAAUUAAUAUUCGAUUAAAUAAUAUUGACAAAGUUAAAUAUGAAUAAAUAUAAAGUUAAGGUCGGAAUAAUUGGUGGUUCAGGUUUAAAUAAUCCUCAAAAUCAAAUAUUAAAUUGUCAAACUAUAACUACACGAGAAAAAGCUAAAAAUGAAUUUGGAUUUCCAUCUAGUGAUCUUUAUCACGGAAAUAUUAAUGAUGUAGAUGUGAUAUUAUUAUCAAGACAUGGACCAGAUCAUAAGAUAAGUCCUACUGCAGUAAAUUAUCGUGCCAAUAUUGAAGCUUUACGCUUAGCUGGAUGUACUCAUAUAAUUGCAUCAACAGCAUGUGGCUCUUUACAAGAUUUUAUUUGUAAAGGACUAUUAGUUGUUCCAGAUAGCUUUUUAGAUAGGACAAUAAAAAGAAGUACAACUUUUUAUGAUGGUACUUCACCUAAAUAUUCUGGAGUAUGCCAUAUGCCAAUGGAACCAGCUUUUGAUCCAACUACAUCUCAGAUAUUAUUUGAAGUUGGUAAAGAAUUAGGAUAUAAGAUAAGAAAAGGAGGAACAAUUGUGACAAUAGAAGGACCAAGAUUUUCUUCAAAAGCUGAAAGUAAUGCAUUGCGUAUGUGGGGUGGACAUUUAGUUAAUAUGACAACAUGUCCAGAGGUAUAUUUAGCAAAAGAAGCAGGACUCUUAUAUGCAGUUGUGGCAGUAGCCACUGAUUAUGAUUGCUGGAAAGAUUGUGAAGAUAAUGUUCAUGCAGCUGAUGUAAUGGAAGUAUUUAAACAAAAUAUUAAUAAAAUAAGAGAUAUAUUUAUAAAAACAGUUAAACUUAUUGGUGAAAGAAAUUGGGACAAAGAAAUUGAUACUCUACAAUAUAAAUUCUUUAUCAUUUCAGAUAUUAUCUCAAAGUAGUAAUGUUUCUUCUCAUUCUUUGUGAUUUAUGUAUAAUGUAUAAUAUCAUAUAUAUCAUACAUUCAUAGUAUGAUAAGAAGAUUACUUCAUAUUUAACUUUAUAUUAAAUUGAAUAAUGAAAAUUAAAAUACAUUUCUUAAAAAAUUUGAAAAUAUGUACUUUUUGUUUAAUAAAUAUGAUAU